AUGUUCAUCAAUCAUAUUCUUGUUGUUGUUAUUGUUGUUGAUGAUGCUGAUGUGAUCUCCCUCUCCCUCAAGACCAAGAUUGCGGACCUGGUCCAGAUCCGUCCCCAGGAUUUCAACAAGACCAGCAUCCACGCCAUUGAGGACAACAUCAAUGCCAAAUAUGCAAACAAGGUGAUUCAGAAGAUUGGUCUCUGCGUAUGUCUCUACGAUCUGCUCUGGGCAUCCGAAGGCCUGAUCGGCCAUGGAACCGGGCUGGUCAACGUAAAUGUCGAGUUCCGCCUCAUCGUCUUCCGGCCCUUCAAAGGGGAGGUCAUGCUAGGCAGGAUUAGCAGCUGCUCCCCCGACGGCAUCCAUAUUCGGACCGAUUUCUUCGACGACAUCUUCGUCGAGCGUGAGGAGCUCCCAGAAGGCUGCGUCUAUGACCAUGGCGAGCAGUUGUGGCUAUGGAGUCUCGAGGAACAAAAUAUGUACUGGGAUAGCCACGAGAUGGUCCGUUUUACCGUCAUUAGUGAGGAGUGGCACGAUCAGACACCAACCAAACCGGUAGAGUACGGAGAGGAACCCGAGGAGCGCAAGCUGGCCCCUUACAAAAUCAAGGGAAGCAUGAAGGCGCCAGGUCUCGGAUGCUGUAUAUGGUGGGACGAUGCAUGA